AUGGCAGUAUCGGUGUUAGCGGCAUGGCUGUGGCUCGGAAUGUGGGGAGUGAGGGCCAUGCAAGCUGGAGGCUUUGGUUGCAAACAGUCAGCUAAUUUCAGCUCAGAGGCGGGCGUGAUCAGGGAAGCCGGUGGGACCUUUGCAAAAAAAGAGAAGGCUGAAGAGGAAUAAUACUUCUGAGAGAGCGGACUAAAGAACAGCUGGCAGCCUUGAAGAAACAACAUGAAGA